AUGACGGAGCUCCCAGGUGGGCCCUCACAGCGACCAACAUCACCUGGACGGAGCUCCAAUACCACGACUCCAGGCACCGAAGCCGCUCUAUCGCUCAUAUCCUGUCCCUCUGACACGGCCAUCGCAAUGUCUUCGCUAGAUCCGCCGACAUACCUCACCUCGAUCCAGAACAACAUCCGCGCGCGGCCCAUAUCAUGGGAAGGAGCUGUGCGAGCUAAGACCAUCACCGACGAAGACCUCAAGAAGAUUAAAUCAAUCGAUAAAGUGCGCAAGGAACAGAGGAAACAGACCAUCGAGUCUGAUGUGGAUAGCUUCGUGACGCUGUUAGUGGGCGGAAAUGCAUCGCAGAGCAUCUUUGAGGCAGCUGCAAAGCGCCAAGACAUCAUUCACUACAUGCUGGUCUUGUUGGGAGACAUGAUUGAUGACAUACCUGCACUCACAUCGGCUCUCGUCCAACACCCAGCGCCCUACAAGCCUUUCUUACCGCUCUUGAAGGCUUCAUCUAACAGCGAAGACCCCGUACCGCUUCUGACGUCUUCCGUUCUGUCCGGCCUUCUGUCGCAGGCUGUCAAGACGUCUUCCAAGAACACACCCCAGCUUGAUGAGGCCUUAGCACAGCUCUUCACCUACCUCUCGACACUCGCAAAGGCAUCCGACGCCGGUCUGCAGGAUAUCGCUGUACGGGAAUAUUCUGCCGUACUUCGCAGCACCAAAUCAAGGCGCAUAUUCUGGAAGCAGAGGAAGGAGACACUUAGCCCUCUGUUUGAUAUUCUGCGGGCUGCAGCUGGGUCUGCCAAGGAUACAGACUCAACCCUGUAUAGUGGCGGUGCUAGUAUCCGUACAACAGACGGUGGCAUCUCUGGUGGUGUCGGUCUCCAGCUUCUGUACCACGUCUUGCUCGUCAUCUGGCAGCUUAGCUUUGAGGGCGAGCUCGUAGGCGAAGGACUUCAGGAGGAGCACGACAUCGUCAUUCUCUACACGCAGCUCCUUAAGGUCUCGCCCAAGGAGAAGACCACUCGUCUUCUUCUUUCCACUCUCCUCAACCUUUUGACUACCAACCGCCAGACUCUUCUUCCAACAGCCGUGCUUGCUCGCCUACCCUCUCUUCUCUCAAGCCUAAAGUCACGACAUCUGACCGACGAAGAUGCGCUCGAAGAUUUACAGGCCUUGAACGAGCUCCUCGACGAGUACACCAAGACACAGACUACCUUUGAUGAGUACGCUGCCGAGCUACAGUCGGGUCACCUUCGUUGGUCGCCACCGCAUCGCAACCCUACCUUCUGGCGAGACAAUGCGCGUCGCAUCUUAGAAGAGGACAAGGGCGCACUACCCCGAAAACUUGCGGAGAUUCUAUCUAAGAGCUGGGAAAACGAUAAGCAGGUACUGGCUAUUGGGUGCAACGAUGUAGCGUGCUUGGUCAAGGAGGUGCCAGAGAAGCGACAACAACUUGAAAAGCUGGGUCUGAAGGGCAGGGUUAUGGAGCUGAUGCAGGAGGCAGAUGAGAGCGUACGGUGGGAGAGCUUGAGGGCAGUUGGCGAGUGGCUGCGGUACAGCUUCGAAUCGAAGACCGAGCUUCCAGUCAGGUAA